AUGACCCUAGUUUCUGAUGAUGAAAUUCCUGAACUUAAACCAAUAGUUACUGCUGCAAGUGCCCCAUCGGCUUUAAAGCCUGAUAUAGAGGAUUUGAAAUGGAUGCAGGUUCUACAAUUCAGUAAUAAAAGAGCAAGUAUUAUUAAUGCUGACCCAGCAAGCCCCAUGUUUACUGUAUGGUUUUCUAUAUCGUGUUAUUUUCCGGUUAUUACAGCAUGUUUAGCCCCUGUCGCAAAUACAUUAUCCAUUGCAUGUGCCGUAGAGAAAUGGAAAGACACUAGAGUGGUCAAGUCGGAUGGUACCAUCACACAUCAUUACUAUAAUGAUCCUCCUGUAUUCUUUGUAUUUAACAUUCUCUCGCUAGCAUUCGGUGUUUUAUCUAACUUUGUCUUACUAUUACAUUUUACUAAAAAAGUACGUUAUGUUAAGUCACAAAUAUUAAAUAUUGUUGGUUGGACUAUUGCAAGUGGAAUAUUAUUGGUAGAUGUAAUUGUAUUUGCUCGUACUGAGAUUAAAGACCAUCAUGAAAAGAGUAUUGGUUUUUGGUGUGCUGCAUAUACAUCUGCUUUAUAUUUUGGUUGUACUUGUACUUUAACAAUACAUUUUAUUGGAUAUAAAUUAAAAAAAUAUCCACCACAAUUUAAUUUAAUUCCAAAUGAAAGAGUUGUUAUGGUUUUCACGGUUUUAUUUUCUAUUUGGUUAAGUUGGGGUGCUGCUGUAUUCUCAGCUAUUUUGGGGAUGUCAUAUUGCACUGCACUUUAUUUUUCCAUCGUUUCAUUAUUGACUGUGGGCUUAGGUGAUAUUUUACCAGUUACUGUAGCUGGGAAAAUCAUUGUCUUAGCAUUUUCUUUAACAGGUGUCAUAAUUCUAGGUUUAAUCAUUGCUAUUACAAGAGGUAUUAUUACAAGAUCAUCUGGCCCAAUUUAUUUCUUUAAUGAAGUGGAAAGAAGGAGAAGUAAAGCAUAUGAUAAAGUGUUAAAAGGAGAAUUGAUAUUAACUGAUGAAGAAAGUUUUGAAUUGAUUAUGAAAAUGAGAAAAGUUUCAAGUAGAACUCAAAAAGUUCGUUCUAUAGUCUUAACUAUUGGGGUUUUCAUUGCAUUUUGGUUAUUAGGAGCUUUAGUAUUUGUUUAUUGUGAAAGUUGGAAUUAUUUUGUGGCUAUCUAUUUCUGUUUCUUAUGUCUUUUGACCAUUGGAUAUGGUGAUUAUUACCCAGAAACGGGGGCUGGAAGAGCUUUUUUUAUUGUUUGGUCAAUUAUGGCUAUUCCAUUGAUGUCUACUUUAAUUUCCACAGUGGGUGAUACCUUAUAUAGCAUGUCUAAAUCCUUAGAUCUUACAUUAUAUGAUCGGUUAAAUAUGGGUAUUAAGGAUUUAUUAAUUGAAAGUAAGAAUGGUACCAUCAAUUUUUUACAACUGAACCGUAGGAGUAUGUUUAGUGGAGAUGAUGGAGAUAUAAAUACUAUACUUCGUGAUGACGAUGGAAAUAAUGGUGGUGGAUCUUCAAGCAAACAAAACAAAAAUAAUGCUAAUGAAGAUGAAGAAGAUGAAGAAAACUCUAAAAAUCAAUGUUUAAGCCAUCAGCCAACACGCCAGAACUCUAAAAAAAUGCAGAAACGUAAUAGCACUUCUAAGAAUACUGAAACUAAAUCUCGUAAAUCUCAAACCACGGGUAGUACAAAUUCAACCCAAUCAAGGUUAGCUAAUGCUAUUGAAAGUGAAAUAAGGAGAAGAAGAACUUUGAGUCAAGCAUCGUCUUUUAAUACUAAUAUAGAGAGUGAUGGUGAACCUUCUCAAGCUUCUAAUAGAACAGCGUCUUCAUUGGGAAAUACACCUCAUAGUUUCCAUAACCUUUCAGAAAUACAUAAAGCACCCCCAGAUAGUAGUGAUAGUUUAUCACCUACUCAAUCACAAAAAACUCGGAGGGCAGUGUCUAAUCUUGAUGGCAAUAUAAACAAAAAAAGAAUAGAAAGUAAACGAGUACGAUCCAGUUCUGAUUUACAUUACAGUACAACAAAUGCUGGUGAAACAUAUCGAAAGCAUACAAUAUUAACACCCUUAAAUGAAGAUGAUGGAUCUAGUAGUAGCAGUUACUCGAACCCUGUAAUUAGAAGCAGAAACAAUAGUGAUGUUUUCUCAAGCUUAUCUAGUUCGGAAGUGAAAAAUCCAGAACAAGUAGAAGAUGAGCCAUUUUUGAAUUUAUUUGAAGCCUUCACUGAUGAUGACGAAUAUGCUAAAUUAUGGUAUUCACAUACAGGAUAUCACACAAAACUAGAACAACUGCAUAAUUUAUUGAUGGUUAUCAAGAAAAUGCAUGGUAUUAUCUUAUUAGAAGAGGAUUUCGAACUGGAUUACGAACAAUGGUCGAAACUAUAUAAAUUGGAUUUAUUAAAUCGAGAUAGAAGUUGUGACGACAUCAAUCCUUAUUUUUGGAUUUCACCCAAGACACCUUUAAAAUAUCCAUUAGAUCAACCUCAUUUUGUGGUUAUGAAGCUAUUUAAUAAAGUUGGAGAAAUCAUUGCGGAUAUUUUAAAUGAUAAAGAUAUACAUAGAAUAUUAUCAGAAAAAGAAACUGCACGUACGAUGUCCGCAUCACCAUCAAAUAUCAGACCCCAACCUAGACUACAUUCCGACAUAGCAAUUAACAGAACAAAUUCAAGAGAUUCAAGUACUGCAACAUCUCAUUCAUCUAGUCCAGUGCCAUUUUCUCCAGAGCGCCCCCAUGUUGCAUCAGUAAUAAGUGGUCCAUCCGGAACAACCACACCACAUGACACACAUACAUUAUUGCGCACUGAAAACCGUAAUUUUCAAACUACUAGUCCACCUGCAUCACCAACUAGUGGGUCACUAUCAUCUGGUUAUUACGGAGAUUUUGUUCCGUUAGAUAUGCAGCCUUUGCCUGAAGAAGGUUUCCCACCUGUAAUGCAAUGGAUUAGACAUGGACGUAACCGUUCUAGAAAAAUCCGUAGAGAAUCUGUCCGAUCAUCCUCUCUAUAA